CCCGCGCCGGGCAGGGACCCGCCGCCGCCGCCGCCGCGCCAGGACAGCGAACCGCCAUCGGGCCGGGCACGGGGGGGCGUCCGCGCGCGGGCCCCGCUGGCCAUGGGCACCUAGAGCCGCGGGGUCCAGCCGCGACGGGAGCGGCGGCGGCGACGACCGGCUGCCCCACGCCCCUAUCCGCCGGCGACCAGAGCCGGGCUGUCCUCGCCUGCCGUCGCCCGCGCCCCCAUGAGGCCGGAGCCGCUGUCCGCCGCCCGCUGGCGCCGGUGACGAGCCGCCGGGAGGUCGCGCCGCCCCCGCCGCGGGCGCUCCGGACCUGCCGGGCCGUUUUUAAGCCUCCGCGAGCGGGAGGGAAGUUGUCCCCUGUCCGUCCCCCCUCCUCCCCCCCGCUGCCCCUUCCCGCCCUCCCUCGGGUUCCUGCACCGAGAGUGAGAAAAGCACAACCUCAGGGAGACCUGGCCCUGCGCACAGAUACCAGCUUUCCCUCAGCGGGAGCCCCGGAGAAGGAAACCGGCCCCUUCCCUCGUCCUCCAGCGCCGGGGCCGUUGCCGUCGGAAGCCGUCAGACCCUCCGUGUGGCCGGCAGGCACCUGUCCCGCCUGGAGGCAGCUCUCGUAGACUAACCAAACCCCCUCCGCCUCAAGUACAUUUUGUGGACAUAAGCAUUUUUUAACUUUUUAAAGAACUUUUUUUUUUUCCUCUGGGAUUUUUAGGAGCUUCCCUUUAGUUGAUUUCCUGCUUCUCUCACCUCAGAUAGCACUGGCUCUGUUUUUCCUACUACCAUAGUGUGGGGAUCGAAUCAAAAUUGAGAUUUUAAGUAUUGCAGGAGCCCUCAAGUCCAUCCACCUGUUAAAAGUGAGCAGUGCUGUUUCUGUCUGUGUUCUUUUCCCCCCACGUCGCCUGUCGGAUGUGAUGGAACUCAUGUUCGCAGAGUGGGAGGACGGGGAGAGGUUCUCAUUUGAAGACUCGGAUCGCUUUGAAGAAGAUUCUCUUUGUUCCUUCAUCUCAGAGGCAGAGAGCCUUUGCCAGAACUGGAGAGGAUGGAGGAAACAAUCGGCUGGACCCAAUUCUCCCACUGUCAAAAUGAAAGAUGGGCUGGUGAUCCCAUUGGUGGAACUGUCUGCAAAACAGGUUGCAUUUCACAUUCCAUUCGAGGUAGUGGAGAAAGUUUAUCCUCCAGUACCUGAGCAACUGCAGCUUCGGAUCGCCUUCUGGAGUUUCCCAGAAAAUGAGGAAGAUAUCAGAUUGUACUCAUGUUUGGCGAAUGGCAGUGCAGACGAGUUCCAGCGAGGGGAGCAGCUGUUCCGGGUGAGGGCUGUGAAGGAUCCUCUCCAGAUAGGUUUCCAUCUGAGUGCCACUGUGGUUCCUCCACAGAUGGUGCCACCCAAAGGUGCGUACAACGUGGCGGUGAUGUUUGACCGAUGCAGGAUCACGUCAUGCAGCUGUACCUGCGGAGCUGGAGCCAAGUGGUGUGCUCAUGUUGUGGCACUCUGUCUCUUCCGGAUACACAAUGCAUCUGCAGUAUGCUUACGAGCACCUGUUUCUGAAUCCUUGUCUCGGCUACAAAGAGACCAGUUGCAAAAAUUUGCUCAGUACCUAAUCAGUGAACUUCCACAACAGAUUCUUCCAACUGCUCAGCGCUUGCUGGAUGAGCUGUUAUCUUCUCAGUCUACUGCCAUCAACACAGUGUGUGGAGCUCCAGAUCCCACUGCUGGACCCUCUGCAUCAGAUCAAAGCACCUGGUACUUAGAUGAAUCUACUCUCAGUGACAACAUAAAGAAAACCCUUCAUAAAUUCUGUGGACCCUCUCCUGUUGUUUUCAGUGAUGUGAAUUCAAUGUAUCUGUCUUCCACGGAGCCACCAGCUGCUGCUGAGUGGGCCUGUCUCCUGCGUCCUCUGCGAGGAAGAGAGCCUGAAGGAAUCUGGAACCUGCUUUCCAUUGUGCGGGAGAUGUUUAAGAGACGGGAUAGCAAUGCAGCUCCUUUGCUAGAGAUUCUGACUGACCAGUGUCUCAACUAUGAGCAGAUAACUGGCUGGUGGUAUAGUGUGCGAACAUCUGCAUCACACAGCAGUGCUAGCGGGCACACAGGACGCAGCAAUGGCCAGUCAGAAGUAGCUGCUCAUGCUUGUGCAAGUAUGUGUGAUGAGAUGGUGGUUCUUUGGAGGCUGGCUAUCCUUGACCCAACUAUUAGUCCACAGAGGCGGAGGGACCUUUGCUCACAGCUCAGACAGUGGCAGCUGAAAGUCAUAGAUAAUGUUAAGAGGGGUCAGCACAAGAAAUCACUGGAGAAGCUCUUCCAGGGUUUCAAGCCAGCUGUGGAAGCCUGUUACUUCAACUGGGAGGAAGCUUAUCCCAUUCCUGGGAUCACUUAUAGCAGCACUGACAAGAAGAACUCGUUCUGCUGGGUAAAGGCCAUCCAGCAGAGGAGCUGCCGGUUACAGUGUGCAGAAACUGCCUGUGAGGCUGGUAGAACCCAUGGACAGGAGCCUGGGGGACCAUGUCUGCAGCCUGGAGACAGGCUGCGUCCCUCUCCCCAGGAGCCAGCAGUUCGUCCGAAGGAACUUACUGGAAAGCGGAAAGUUGUCUCUGAAACGCCACAGAGGGUUCUGAGACGACUUUCAGCAGAAGGUGAUAAAGCUGUGUAUAAAACUGCAGUGGGCAAAGCAAAGUUGCCAGUGAGCAAAGGCUUGACCAGUAAACACAGUGGGAAACGCCGCAUGAGCAGUGAAGACAGCUCUCUGGAGCCGGACUUGGCAGAGAUGAGCCUGGAUGACAGCAGCUUGGCUCUGGGGGCAGAAGCCAGCAACACAUUUAGUUUCACAGAAAGCCCACUGAGCAGGAGCUACAGGGACACCUUUGAGGAGGAUGGUGGGGUUUACUUCUCUGAAGGACCUGAGCCCAGUGUCAGGAGCAGUUCCAUGGCCAAGAAAUCACCCAAGGAUCCUGUGGGGGAAAUGGGUAGUGGUGAUGAUGACCUGCCUUCUGCAGAUGAGAACAGCGGUGGUGUGAGCCUGAAGCCAGAAGAAGUGGGAGAGAAUGGUGCAGCGGGGGGAGGGGAUGAUGGAGAAGAGGAAGACGAUUACCAGGUAUACUAUCUGAAUCCACAAGAGGUAGCCAAGGAAGAUGAUGACAAAGCUGAAGGGGGAAAUGAAGAGGAGCAGGAUAUAUUUGCUGGUAUAAAGCCUCUGGAGCAGGAGAACCGGAUGGAGAUCCUGUUUGCCUGUGCAGAGGCCCUGUAUGCACAUGGAUACAGUAAUGAAGCAUGCCGUUUAACCGUAGAGCUCGCCAGGGACCUACUAGCCAACCCUCCAGAUCUCAAAGUGGAGCAGCCACCAACUAAGGGCAAAAAGAACAAGGUAUCAACCAGCAAGCAGACGUGGAUGGCAACCAACACCUUGUCUAAAGCUGCUUUCUUGCUGACUGUAUUGAGUGAGCGGCUGGAGUACCACAACCUGGCCUUCCAAAUAGGAAUGUUUGCUCUGGAGUUGCAGAGACCACCUGCCUCUACAAAGGCUCUGGAGGUGAAGUUGGCAUAUCAGGAGUCUGAGAUUGUAGCCCUCUUGAAGAAGAUUCCCUUGGGCACUAGUGAGAUGAACACUAUUCGAGGAAGAGCUGAAGAACUGCGAGAAGGGACACUAUGCGAUUACCGUCCUGUCCUGCCUCUGAUGUUGGCUAGCUUUAUAUUUGAUGUCCUGUGCACUCCAGUGGUUUCUCCUACAGGCUCUAGACCCCCAAGCCGUAAUUGGAAUAAUGAAAUGCCUGGAGAUGAAGAGCUUGGUUUUGAGGCAGCUGUUGCUGCUCUUGGCAUGAAAACAACUGUCAGUGAAGCAGAACAUCCUCUGUUGUGUGAAGGCACCCGAAGGGAGAAAGGGGAUCUGGCACUAGCUCUGAUGAUUACUUACAAGGAUGAUCAGUCUAAGCUGAAGAAGAUUUUAGACAAACUCCUGGACAGAGAGAGUCAAACUCACAAGCCACAGACUCUGAGUUCCUUCUACUCAUCCAGCAAGCCUACAGUAGCAAAUCAAAAAUCUCCUUCCAAACAUGCUGCCCAGUCCACUGCAGCUAUCCAACAACUUCCAGGGACUUCUGUCACUCAGCAAGCUGCUGUAAGCACGGCAGUCCAGAGCAGUCCUGAGACCUUUGUGGAGAAGAGUGCACAGGAGAGCUCUCAGAGGUCCCCCUGUGAGCCAGCUGCGGAGGCCACUGUCUUGAAACAAGAGGGAAAGGUCCCCAGUCGUCUGGCCCUUGGAAACCGAGGUGGAUACAAUGGGAGAUGCUGGGGUUCGCCUGUCAGGCAGAAGAAGAAACACACAGGCAUGGCUAGUAUUGACAGCAGUGCUCCUGAAACCACCUCUGACAGUUCUCCAACGCUCAGUCGGCGUCCGCUACGUGGGGGAUGGGCAACAACAUCCUGGGGCAGAGGACAGGACAGUGACAGCAUCAGCAGUUCUUCAAGUGAUUCGCUGGGAUCUUCCUCUUCCAGUGGCAGUAGAAGAGCCAGUGGGGGAGCCCGUGCAAAGACUGUGGAAGUUGGCAGGUAUAAAGGGAGGCGGCUGGAGAGCCAUGCUCCUCAUGUCCCAAACCAGCCCUCAGAGGCAGCUGCUCACUUCUACUUUGAAUUGGCCAAGACAGUCCUUAUCAAAGCAGGUGGAAACAGCAGUACCUCCAUCUUCACCCAUCCUUCCUCCAGUGGUGGGCACCAGGGACCACACCGCAACCUUCAUCUCUGCGCCUUUGAGAUUGGGCUGUAUGCACUAGGACUGCACAAUUUUGUGUCUCCCAACUGGCUCUCUCGAACUUACUCCUCCCAUGUCUCUUGGAUCACAGGGCAGGCCAUGGAGAUUGGUAGCGCAGCCUUGAACAUCUUGGUGGAGUGUUGGGAUGGGCAUCUGACUCCCCCAGAGGUGGCAUCAUUGGCAGACAGAGCUUCACGGGCCAGAGACUCCAACAUGGUGCGGGCAGCUGCUGAACUGGCACUCAGCUGCCUGCCCCAUGCCCAUGCCCUGAACCCAAAUGAGAUCCAGAGGGCCCUGGUGCAGUGUAAGGAACAGGACAAUCUGAUGCUGGAAAAGGCCUGUAUGGCAGUAGAAGAGGCAGCCAAAGGAGGUGGCGUUUACCCAGAAGUUCUCUUUGAAGUAGCUCACCAGUGGUACUGGCUUUAUGAACAGACUGUUGGUGGGACCCCAGCCCAGAGAGAAGGUGCUACUGCCUGCAGUGCCAGUGGUGCCCGGGCUGCAUCUGAAGCAGCGCGUGGGUUGACAGACAACCGGGUGACCUCUGAGCCAACCACUGUAACAGUGGCAGCUGCGGUAACCGCAGCAGCAACAGUCAUGCCGGUGAUCUCUGUCGGGUCGACUAUGUACCAGCAGCAUACAAUGGCAGGGCCAGCAAUGGCACAUACACACACACAGGGUCUCCACCCUUACACCACCCUUCAGACUCACAUCCCCUGUAAUCCCCAGUAUAUUGGACACACAAUCCAGCACAUGCCGCGCCCAGCUGUCUUCCCAGUGCCUGGCUCAGCGUACCCGCAGAGUGUCCAUCCAGCAUUCAUAGGAGCGCAAUACCCUUAUUCAGUAACACCACCAUCAUUGGCAGCUACAGCAGUAUCAUUCCCCGGUGUGCCAGUCCCAUCCAUGACGCAGAUUGCGGUGCAUCCCUAUCACAGUGAAACAGGACUAUCACUGUCUUCCAAUGUAGCAAUAGGAAGUGUCCAUGCAGGAUCAACGUUCCCAGCGAUUCAGGGGGCUUCCUUGACAACUCUGUCCUCACAGCCCAACUCCCUUGUUACAGGGGGUUUUCCUGCCGAGGAUGAGCAGCACAGUCAGCCUGUGAGCCCCCAGGGUCUGCACUACCUCCACUCCGCAUACCGAGUUGGGAUGCUGGCUCUGGAGAUGCUUGGCCGAAGAGCUCACAACGACCAUCCCAACAACUUCUCCCGCAGCCCACCCUACACGGAGGAUGUAAAAUGGCUCCUUGGGUUAGCUGCGAAGUUAGGUAAGGCUCAGAGCAGUACUUCAGCAGAAAUCCACUUGCUGGGAUUUGGACCAUGGUGGGAAAAAGCUCUCCAAAGAGUGAAACUUCAAAGAUUGGGUGUAAACUACGUGCAUCAGUUUUGCGUUGGUGCAGCCAAGGGCGUGCUGAGCCCCUUUGUGCUCCAGGAGAUCAUCAUGGAAGCUCUACAGAGGCUGAACCCUGCCCAUGUGCACAACCACCUGCGCACCCCAGCCUUCCACCAGCUGGUGCAGAGGUGCCAGCAGGCCUACCUGCAGUACAUCCAUCAUCGGCUGAUCCAUCUCACUCCAGCUGACUACGAUGACUUUGUGAAUGCCAUCCGCAGCGCCAGAAGCGCCUUCUGCCUGACUCCCAUGGGCAUGAUGCAGUUUAAUGAUAUUCUCCAGAACCUAAAGCGCGGCAAGCAGACAAAGGAGCUGUGGCAAAGGGUCUCUCUGGAAAUGACCACCUUCUCGCCGUGACAUCUGGCGGAGCUCCACGGACACACAACCCUUUGCCCUGCAUAGUUGUAGUUCCAUUUACACCAUCCUUCCUUCUGGCGUCUUUUUUAUUUUAGUUUUAACUUGUUGGAAACCACUGAUCUGAUGUAUUUAUACCAUGACAUUCCUCUCCAGCACUGUUGCGUGUCAGCGCUCUGCUUUGCUCGCUCUUCCUCCUCCUUCCCAGCGGGCUGCAGGCUUCAGAAGCAUCAGGAAAUGAGAAGGAAGUUGAGCUGGCUGCCCUGUGGUGUAGUCACCGCUUUUUUCCCUGAGCCCCUGGAGGCUGUCCUGCGAGCAGUUUGCAGUGUGAUUACGCACGUGUUAGAGGGGUGGGGGAUUCUGUCUUAAAUAUUUAUUUUGGCAUUUAUAAAUAUGUAAACUUUGGGGUUUUGUUUUUGGGUUGGUUUUUUUUUUUUUUUUUUGUAUGGGCUUCUCUUACUCCACACACCAUCUCCUGUCAGGAGAGGCUGGGAUUGCUGUGCACCGCCAGUGCUUCCUCCAUUCCUUUCAGCAUCUCCUGCUGAGAGAAGCUGAGACUGGAGUAGCAGGGCCAGGGCCACCUCUGCGGCUUUCUGCAGCAGCUGCUGAGGGCAGAGCCUGGAGCUUGGGCAGUCAGAGACAAUGACUGCACUGAGCUACCUGGAGACUGCCAGAAGGGCUUGGCUCUUUCUCAGGAGUGUUCCUCACUGGGCACUGCUGGCUCAUAGGAUGUUUUGAUCCUGGUCGUUCUAAGUUGUACAAUCGUGUUUCUUUUGGCUGGGGUAUUACUCUCCUGUAAUCAGUUUCUUAUCCCUUGUCUCUUCUUGUUUCCUGAUUAAACACUCGUUUUCUUAGACUGA